AUGGGCAAUGAAUCGCUCUAUCUAGAUUUCGAACUUAAUGAUAACGGUCAUAUCGAUCCGUUUGUAAAAGAUGAGGACGAUUUGGGACUACAAGAACUUAUUCCACGGAUUCUACAAGAGCGCAACAAUUUUGCUGAUAUCACCGAGAAGGCACUCUUUGAUGAGAUUGAACUGCUCGGCGCUUCAAAGACCGUUGAUAAAGGUCUUGGAGAAAUCAAUGAGUCAGAAUCAAGAGCUCUAGCUUCAAAUUCAACAGAACAAGAAACCUUGCUGGAGAAAUUUAAUAUUCAAAAAUUAGAUUUAACCAGGAAUAUCAACAAUGCUUUAAAUGAAACAUCCUUAUCGCUUGAUUUUGUCUCGUUGCUUGUUGCUUCCGUCAAACCAAAUAUUGCCAAGAACACAAUGUCACCACAUUUACAGAAACUUAUCAAACCAUAUUCAUUGAACUCGGACAGAUUGGCUAAGGAGGAAGUAGGAACUUUGCAAAAGGAUACGGUUCGGUCGACAAAGAUAGGACAUGGCUGGAAAACUGAGGCAAACUCCAAAAUCAGAGAUUUGUUCAAGCAAUCAAGUGAGAAUUUAACAACACAGGUGAAGAAAGAGAAUAAAUAUUGGAACAUGAUUUGCUUAGUGUGGUCAAAUGACGAGGCGUUGUUUCGUAUGAGGGAUCCAGUGAAUAACGCAAGAGCAAUCGGCGUCAAGUAUGGAUACGGAGACUCUGGAUCAGAUUUUCAAGAUAAAGGGUUAGCUUUGUUUCGCAAAAAUGUCCAAACUGGCGAGGUAUCCUUUCACCCGCUAUCAAACAUUGGUAACAAACUUGGUGCUAAGACAUACCGCUAUGUUCGGGUACGAAUUUUGAGCAGAAUAGAUUCUGAUUUCAUGCUAACAGGACAGUCCGUAUUUGACUACAAGUACAAAAAAUCGUCUCAUGAUAUCAUAAAUGAUAUAGAGAUGGCGAGAUUUUUCCUUUUUGAAGAAGAUUUAUUCUAUCAGAUCAGUAGAGAAGCUACGUUCUUGCUUAGCUAUAAUGUCUCGGUAUCCGCAAACAAAGUCUCGAUCGAAACUGAGAAUGAAAUAAUUGAAUUUGAAAACGUUCUUUACGACGAAGCAAAUGAGGAAGAGCUUGAAAACUACUAUCAAAACGUGAGUUCGGUGUCUUCCAUCAAUAACAAAAAGUGUCAAUUGAUAUUAAUCUAUUUGAAGUUGAUGCUUUGUUGUUUUUACAGGUACAACCUAAAGUUGAAGCAGAAAGUUCCCACAUCUUUGACAAAAUGGAAGCAAAGCAAUUCGCAUCCGUUGAUCUUACGCCCACUCAUGGGUAAUAUACGCCACAAUAAAUAUUUGGAUGAAGUGAAUGAGAUUCUAGUCAACUUGGCACAACAAUUCAAUUUAGAUCCAACGGUAAAGCUUGAAAAAUACACGAGCUUAGAUGGUAAACUGUCCAACCCUUUCAAGAGGUCAAUCGAAAUCCCCAACUCGAUUUUCACCUGGACUGUGCAAAAUCAAAAUGGCAACGUCUUGAAUGUGGUGAUAAGUGUAACAAGUAAUGAAGUCUUUGUUGAUUUGAUUACUAAAUUAACUGUUACUAGAUUCGAUUCUUCGAAGACCUUUCUGAGUAAUGUGAAUGGUGUAAAUGUAUUGCAGAAUGACUACUACGAUGCAGGUGAUUUGAAAGAAUCGCUAGAAUGGCUAAUUUGUGACUUCAAUUCGUCCUAA